CACUGAGCUUGCGCAAUGACCACAAUGCUUUGGGGGCCGGCUUCUCCCGCGAUCGCCCGUCCACCGCGGCGCACGCGCAGUAGCUGCGUCUCCGGUGGGUCCGGGUAUAAAAACGGCCAUCAGCUGAUGCUCCCGCAUUGCAGGCGGUGGAAUCUCUCUGGAGUGUCGUUAACGAUGCAGCGCUUCACUUUCCUCCUCGUCCUCUGCUCGCUGGCGGCGGUUGUACUGACAACUCCCCUGCUUUUGAAGAAAGACUGUGCAAAAGGUCCAGAGGUAUGGUGUCAGAAUUUGAGAACUGCAUCUGAUUGCAAAGCAGUUAAACAUUGUCAGCAAAAUGUGUGGAACAAGCCUACUGUGGAGAGUAUUCCCUGUGACUUGUGUAAAGAAGUUGUACGAGUAGUUGGGAAGAUUUUAAAGAAUAAUGAAACAAUGGAAGAAUUGAAUGAGUACUUCUACAAAGUUUGUGGAUUUCUUCGUGAACCAGAACUGGUAGAUCAGUGCAAGGACAUAGUGGAGUCUUAUUUGCCAAAUAUUCUGGAUAUGGUCAAAUCAGAAUUUGACAAUCCUGAAGUUGUAUGCAGUGCGCUUACAUUAUGCCAGUCUCUUCAGAAGCACCUGGCAGAAGUAAAAUGGCAAAAACAGCUUCAGUCCAAUAAAAUUCCAGAACUAGAUUUCUCUGAACUGGCAUCUCCUUUCAUGGCUAAUGUGCCACUUCUUCUUUAUCCUCAGGAUAAACCUAAGCAAGAAACUCAGGGAAGUGGAAAUGUGUGUAACGACUGUAUUCAGCUGGUAACAGAUAUUCAGGAAGCUGUGAAGACCAAUUCAACCUUUGUUAGUUCUUUAAUUGAUCAUGUCAAGGAAGAGUGUGAACGUUUGGAUCCUAGCAUGGCUGAUAUGUGCAAGAGCUACAUUUCUCAGUAUUCUUCCCUGGCUGUUCAGUUAUUCUUGCACAUGCAACCACAGGCUAUUUGUAACCUGAUAGGAUUAUGUUCUUCUCUGAAGUCUGUACCCCUCCAAACUCUGGUGCCUGCUAAAGUUGUCUCUCCAGUAAAGGUAGAGCCAGUGAAGACCAGCCUGAGUCAGAAGGAAACCGUGUCUGUCUGUGAUGUAUGCACUAUCAUGGUAGAAGAGGUGGCCAGCCUUCUGGAAAGCAAUAAGACGGAGGAGGAGAUGGUACAUGGAAUGGAGAAGGUCUGUUUACUGCUACCCGAAAAAUCCAGAGACCAGUGCAAGGACUUUGUGGAAGUCUAUGGGAAGUCUAUUAUUGACAUGUUGUUGGAAGCUACUAGUCCUAAAAUGGUCUGUGUGAUGCUGAGAUGCUGCACAAACAGUGUUUUACCAGCUGAAGAAAUUGUUCCAGUGCAAUCACAAAUUGGAAGUAUCUGUGAUGUGUGCAAGAUGAUUGUUGCUUAUGCAGACAAGGAACUAGCAAAGAAUGCUACCACUACUGAGAUUGAGAGGUUUCUAGAACAAGUCUGUCACUACUUACCAGAGUCUGUUAGUGACCAGUGUGUCCAGUUUGUGAAGCAGUAUGAGCCAACAGUUGUGCUGCUCUUGGCAGAAAUGAUGGAUCCUACUUUUGUGUGCAAUAAACUUGGAGUUUGUGCAACAUCUACUCAGCCUCUUUUGGGAUCAGAAUUCUGUGUCCGAGGACCUGGCUAUUGGUGUAAGAACAUGGAAACUGCAUCUGAGUGUAAUGCUGUUGAACAUUGCAAACGUCAUGUGUGGAACUAGAAGAUACCUUCUUUGGCCAGCUCUUUUUUCCAUUCUUGGAAGAAAAUGGAAGCCAAGGGUUAGGCUAAUAAGAGCUAAAUCUUAGUGUCUUGAUCUCCUCCCCUUCCACUUCAAGUACCUUUUCAUGAAUUGCUUAGUAGCAGUGCUACUAUCCUGGAAGGAUUCAUGGGUUUGACUUCAUCAUAUUUCUAACUCAUUUUAGACCUUUACGUUACCUGAGAACAAACUGUAAAUCAUCAUUGGUCAAUUGGUUUCAGUGCUUCUGAGAGAGUGAUAAUGUGUAUGUAUAUGUAAGUAAACUAAGGACAGUGCUGGUGUGUCUGGAUUUUAAUAUAAUUACUCGUUUUUUUAAAGACAGUCUUGCUGGUAAUUAAACCUAUAAUGUGUGACUGUAGUGCUCUUCAUUGAAAUAGCUGUUGAUACCCCUUUGUGAACAGUUACCUUGUAGAGAAUCCUUCAAUUAAAUUCUUAAAUGCUGUCUUAACACUUGCAAAAACGCAGGCAUGCUGUUCCUCCCAUAGGAAUCUUCCAAAAAGAUUACUUGGAUAUACCCAUAGAUUUGUCGUAAUUAAGGUUGUAAGUCCUAACGCCUAUGUAGCAAAUAAUGAAUGCUCAUUCACAGCCUAAGCUGCAGGCAGUACUAGUUGAUAGUGCAAGUUUCAAAUGUUUAAGAAUGGUUCAGUCCAUUAUUUUCACGACAACUUUAGUAGUCUCUUUCAACAAACAAAACAGUAAAUUAUCAAUUACCUAGAAAAUCCAGAGGUACACUUAAUUUAGUCCAUCUGAGAAUCUAAUGCACGUAGCUAUUUUUCUCCAUUUUGGAAAGGAGUGUUUCUGGAAUAAAAAAUAAAUACAAUAAAAAAGAAGCUUGGGAGAAAAAUCAGGUUUAUAGCUAAAAUACCAGUUUUCCUGUUGGACUACACAAUUGUCUAUUAACAUUGUCUCUUAAUAUCUAGUCCUCUAUAGUGCUAUAGCCAUUUGCAUGACUAGACAUUUUCCUGGAUUAUGCUAGGGAUAAAUCAGAAUGCCUAUAAACAAAAUGUUAUGUGACAGUCAUGACUUUUGCUUAAAGACAGCUGCGGAUGGCUGGGCAUAGUUUCGGAGAGGGGGUAUAGCUUUGUGGUACAUGAUUUCUGUUGCCAAUUUAGAUAAAAGACUGAGCCUUGCUGUGUAUCCAUUAGAGGCUUAUAUUGUCAUAAUGUAUUUUUCCCCAAUUGUUGGCAAGCACAGAGUUGAAAACAGUAGACCUUGGUUAACGUGUAAAGAAAUGAUAAAAAACUUAAACCCCAUGACUUCUGACUCCAUAGCUAUCUAAACAGUUUGAUCAAAAUACAGAUUUGUAGAAUGGAAUUCCUAAAAUAAUCAUCCUUGGCAUUAUUGUUCAAGCUAGGUAUAUAACUUUUUAUUUUAAAUAUCCUGGGUGCACUUUUGUGGGCAUUGACUUGAAUUCUUCAGACAGAUAACUUCUUUUUUUUGUCUGCUGCUGACUCCAAAUUCUUGCUGCUUUGAAAUAAGUAAUGAAAAGCAACAGCAAAUUAAUAUAGAUGUUAAUUCUGUAGCAUUGUAGUCAACAAAUCUCCUUUACCAGAGGUUGUUGCUGGGAAGUAUAGUGUUUUUUUUAAGAAAAUGCCAUUCUAUGAGUUAAAACACAUUUCUGUAGAAUUCAAUUCCUUGCUUAUAGGAAAUGAUUUCAUAUUUUUUGGACAAAGUCUUACAACUUAAUGUAAAUAUGAAGUGCAGACUAAUACCAUACCUUCUAAAAAUGAACUGGGAAGACAAGCAGCUGCUUUAACAAACCACUCUAUUUUUUUCAUUUUGCACUAAAGCUUCUGUAAUUCAAUAAAGAUGUAACUAAA